CAUCGCGUGAGUAGAGAAGCCCACUCCUCUACUACGUUUAUUUUGAAACGCUUUCCCCGCGAAACAGCAAAUACAAACUAACCUUUCCAGUUUUCCCCCUAAUUAUUAUUGUUGUAAUAAUAAUAAUAAUAAUAAUGAGUCUAGACACUCUAUUUGAGCAAAUUUUAUUGACAGAGCAGCAGGUGUCAGAAAAUAUCAAGCAGCUUCAUGAAGUUAAAGCUGCCAUCAAGAGUGUACAGGACAAAAUAAACUCCUCACGUGAAACACUGGAGGAAGCACAUCGUGAACUGGAUGAGAAGUCUCAGCUCCUGGCUGAAACCAAACUGCAGUUUGUAUUGAUGACAAAGCGACAAGAUCAGCUGGAAAGGCAGAAAGAGGAACUCCUUGGACUGCAGAGAGAUCUCAAAGAAAACCUGGACAGACUGAAAAGAGAAUCCUGUGAAGAAAGAGAGAAAUUCUUGAAGGACAUGAUAACUUUCAACAAUGAAUUCAACCUAAUCAGCAACAGAAAUGCAGUUUUUCACACCCAAACCCUAUCUAAAAUCCAGAGCUUCGAGCUUGAAGCUCAAACUCUACACAAAGAGAUGGACUUGCUGAAGCAAAAGAACACUUUGCUAAGCUCCGUGAAAGAAGAGAAAAGGUCACUAGAAGCUGAGCUCCAGGAAAUACAAUCACAGCUUACAGUUUUCUGUUCAUCUGCAGAUACAGAGAGAGAUCUGAAGGAAGCAGUAGCUCUGACAGAGAGUUUGAAGACAGAGAGGCUCAUGGUCCGUCAGAAACCCUUGACAGACAGCACCUGUAUUAGACUCAAGAAAGAGCUGGAGUUAUAUAAAGAAGAAGAGCUUGAGCUUCUGCGAGAGACCCUCAGCUCUGAGAUUCACUCCCUGCAACUGAAGUUAUCGCAGAAGGGCAUAUUUUGUUGAGAGUGCUUCAGUGAGACUUCAGUGUGUUCUUCAAACACCCUCUGUGUUUUGUAGGCUUAUAAAUUGUUUUAUUCAGUUGGUCAUAUACUUCAUGUAGAGUUUAAACAAUAUUGUAACAAUUAUAGAUUAGAUAUUGCUUAUUUGUACUAUUAAAAAAGUUUAAUUAAACAUGCUCUUUCUAGAGUAGAAAUGUUCUUCUUAUUAGAUGCCUGUCUUCAUCUCACGCAAGACAUUGAUUCUGUGUUAUGCAGUCACACUGCAGUUUUAUCUAAAAUGUUGAUAAUACUGGCAUCUAGUGGUUCUGUUGCAACAAUUCAUCCCCAUAGAGAACAUUUGAAUUAGUUUUUAUCUAUGCUUGCAAAUAUACUAAAUUGCAUUCAUCUAAUUUCCAAAAAUAGGCUGCUUCUUGGUUAUUAAAUAUGUCA